AUGCUGCGACAUCUAUCGGCGGGAGGCUUCUUGUCUCAUUGCAGGUGGAACUCGUUGUUGGAAAGUAUGCUAAGUGGCGUGCCUAUGAUAGCUUGGCCUAUGUAUGCGGAGAAGAAGAUGAAUGCGACGAUGCUUACAGAGGAGGUAGGAGUGGCCGCCCGCCCCAAAGUUGUGCCGACCAAAGCAGCGGUGGGAAGGGAGGAGAUUGAGAUGAUGGUGAGGAAAGUUAUGGAGGGUCAGGAAGGGAAGGCUAUGAGGGCUAGAGUUAAGGAACUAAAAAUCAGUGGGGAGAAGGCUUUGAGUGAGGAUGGUUCUUUCACGGCUGUGUCUCAUUUGGCAAAGGAAUGCAUAAUGAACUCCCAAUGCCAGAAAGUCAAGGCUCUGUGA